AAUCAAGUUUUAGGUUAUGUUUUCUAUAUUUAGUAAAAAUGUAAUUAGUAACAUAAAUUUAUCGUCUUAGUGGUUUAAAACCAAAAAUGACAACUUCACCAACUAAAGCAAAACAAAAACUUUCUUUGCGAAAACGACUGUUUGUUAAAAAGUCACCAAAAGUCGGAUGCUAUGUAGACACCGAUUCUAAUGAUGAAUUCAACCAACCAACCUCACGACCGAUGUCUCCAGCUGAUCCAUUCAUAGCACAAAGUGCCCACAAUGCUGAUUCCAGCAUGGAUCAUACUCGAAGCUGUAAAAACUCUGGUUUUGAUCCUAACUCUAGUGACGUCCAUCCAACCUUAUUAGAUCAUCACAACGACGACGAAAAAAAUUCCAAAUGUUGCAAGACAUUCUUUAGACGGUCACGCCCUAAGAGCUUGGUGGAGGGUCAUUCUUUAAAAGACGAAUCCCAUUCACGACCAGAGAGUCCUAACAAUGAUUCUAAUAAUAGUUUAAGUGGCAAUAGUUUAUCGUGUACAAAAAGUGAGGAAAUACCAAAGGCAACAGUUUCUUUUCCGAAAGGUGAUGAUCCUAAGAAAAGUUUUGAGCAUUCAGGUUCCUUUGAAGGCAUAAAACCAAAAAGUAAGUUGUUCGUGAAAAGGUUAUCAGCGGAUCAUUUAAUAUCCAAUGAUACAAAGCCGCUGUACCAUUCUUCAUCACCAGAAAGCGACAGAAGUAAUUCUUUGGACCGCAAACGAAGAGCCAAGUCAACUAUAACAAGGUCUUCACAUGCUGGAAGCACAGAUAGCUUGGCUCGUCACUCACUGCUUGCUGCACAAGUGCUGCGACUCAUACCCACUCAAGAGGCGAGGCAAAGAAAUUAUUUAUAUGGAAGAUUAGCAUCUAAUUCUUUACUAGGCACAGCAGAGUUAGAGCAUGUGUUCCCAGAUAGGGAAGUUAAAAUAUUUGUGGGUACUUGGAAUAUGAAUGGACAAUCUCCACCUAGAGAAUUAGCCGAUUUCAUAUUCCCAGAAGAAGUGAAGCAUGUUCCUGACAUAUUUGCUAUUGGUACACAAGAGUCAUAUUCAGAGAGAACAGAGUGGGAGAUAACUGUACAAGAAGUAUUGGGUCCAUCCCAUUUACUAUUACAUUCUUAUUACUUGGGUACACUUCACUUAACAGUAUUUAUUAGAAGGGACCUGAUUUGGUUCUGUUCUCUGCCAGAAGAUGCUAGUCUGUCCGUCCGUCCAGGAACUGCUUUCCGAACAAAGGGAGCUGUGGCAAUAUCCUUUGCACUAUUUGGUUCCACAUUUCUAUUUGUCACCGCCCAUUUGACGGCCCAUCAGGAGAAAGUCAAGGAGAGACUAUCAGAUAUCAAAAGAAUUAUCCGAUCAAUUGAUCUACCAAAGAAUUUGCCAUGUAGACAUAGGAGUAAAGAUGUAACAAAUAAUUUUGACUAUGUGUUCUGGUGUGGUGACUUAAACUUUAGACUUGGUGAACCUAGAGCUGCAGUAUUGAGGUGGAUAGAACAAACUCAGUUCCCCCUCCCCCCACAUUUGCCGCACGGACUCUUGCACGCGGACCAAUUGACGGCUGUGCUCGAAGAUGGCGCUGCAUUCAGAGACUUUAGAGAAGCCCCUAUCAGAUUUCCACCUACUUAUAAGUAUGAUCCAGGCAGUCAAAAGUUCGACACGUCAAGCAAACAGCGAGUGCCGGCGUACACAGAUCGCAUUCUGUUCAAAGCGAGAUGCAUGGCAACCAAUACAUCUGCCCCAUUUGCUGGUCUUCGUAGAAUUAGCACGGUUCCAGUGACAUCUGGGUUGAGGUGCUUAGCGUACAACUCGGUGCAGUCAAUAUGCACGAGCGACCAUAAACCCGUGUGGGGAUUGUUCUCAGCAGCACUACGGCCUGGUACCGAUGUGGUCCCAUUAGCAGCUGGUCUAUUCAACCGUGAAGUGUAUCUUGAAGGUAUAAAGCGUCGUCGAGCUCUCUUGGACCAUGCGCCUGGAACCUCUGCUGUGUGCAACAUACAAUAAAUGUGGUAACCACCACUCUAUAAUGUCAGAAAUUUUUCGAAAAAACCAUUUAAAAUUGAACACGAAGACUAUGGAAGUUUGACACUUUUAAUUCUUUCUUUUUGCAAUAUAUCUGUAUUUAUUAGU